CCCUGAGUGCUCCUCCUAUCUUCAAACCAGAGGAAAUCAGCCAGUCAAAAACACCUUGCCACGUCUUACAGGGAUUUCAGGCAGAAACUCCGGUUUCCUGUCUGACCAUGAGCAAUACCUGAGGAAAACAGCGUGCUUUCCCGAAGGGAUGAGGGGAGGCCAGGGUGCAUGCCUCCAGUGCCGUUUCUCCAGCUGGGGCUCCGCCUGGGCCAUGCUGCCUGGGUGUGCCUAAUUACGACUCCACAGACAGACGGGCCCUGAGGGAGAGCGCUGACAUCAACACAGUUCCCGGGCAGAACUGAGGAACGAGCUCCAUCGUCCCAAACUGAGGAAAUGUCCAGAUUAACACAGAGGGCUGUUGUGUCUCCUGAACACCUUCCCCUUCCCCUCUGCCACGGCGGAUGUGACAAGAUCAGCUGGCUUCCAGAAGGCAAAGUGUUCAGUAAUGUCCAAAGGGAAAAGAUCAUCUCCAAGUUUCUUAAAGAAAGCGUUCUAAAGAGAGUGUUCCGAUCAAAGCAGAUGAGGUGGGAGGGUUCCAGCCGCCAGAAGGAGGACCCAGGCUACACCUUUCCUGGCACCAGAAAGAAGGCCGAGUCCGAGGGGGCGCCCGUCAAGCCGUUCGCCCCGCACACGGAGGUGCCCGGGCCUCGGGGCGGCAGCGCCCUCGGAGACGACGCCGAGGACGACACGUGGGCCUGCGGCGCGGUGGGGAUUUUAAGGAAACAGAGGAGCAAAAUGGGGAGAAGAAAUGGUGAGAACAGUGGUACCAACCCGUGUGCAACCAACAUCUCCCAUGAGAACUUGUCUCAUUGGAAUUUGGAUUCAGAAGUACCUGCUCCUGAAAAUAAAAAUCUCCCACCUGGAAAGGAUAGUGCAGCAGGUGGCAAAAUUAACAAGAACCAUUUGGAAAUUCCAAUAGAGCAACUGGUGCUAGACCUAAAUUUGUCAGAACAUGCUCCCAAAAGAACACAGAAUAGUAAACAAGGGAUAUUUCAGUUGUGGAGUUAUCCUUUUAACGAAGGAAGUACCAUGGAGAACAGGGAUUUUAAGAAGUCUGCUGUGGAACCUGGCUUUAACGUAACCAAUAACCCCAUGAGGCUCUUCACACUGAACCACUCACUGACAACUGCUUCAGUUGAUAAGCAAGUUGGUUCUUACCCUGGCCUACAGGUGCCAUCGGGCCUCUGCUGGCCCUAUGCUGAUGGAGACUUUUUAAAGGACAGAAAUGAGCCUUAUAUUAAUUUAUGUUCAGCUAUGGAAAACAAUAAUGGUGAAACUUUAUCUGCCCCAAAUUGGAAUUUGAAAUACGGAAACAGCAGUAUGGAGGAAAACUUAACAGAUGAAAGUGAUUUAUCAGAAAGUGAAAAAGCAAAUGAUAGUUUGCUCAGCUAUUUUAAAAAGAUGGAUCUGAACUUAAAGCCAGAAACAAUAGAAAACGUUGAGGAAUCUUUCACAGAGGAACCAAGUGAAGUAUUUCCAUAUCCUGAUUUUCUCCCUUCUCCUUUCAAUAGUCUGGACUUGCACAAAUUAGCCCUCUCAAAAUCUGAAAAUUGGAAAGCGACAGUGGAACCUCCAGAAAGCUCUAUUGAACGUUUGAUAACCCGUUUACUGGAAAUGGAAAGAUUACAACACACGACUAUACAAAAAGAAAGGCCCAGACUACAAACUACCUUCUGUGCUCCAGCAGCUACUGAACGACCCUUUUCCUCCAAAGCUAUCCCCAAAAUGAGACAGCCAAAACUUUCGGAAUCUUUGAGUCUUCAGACAACUUGUGUAGAUAAAAGUCGCGAAAAAAGAAAAAGCAGUUCUGGGUCUUGCAAACUUGAACAAAAUGCUUCAAAAUGGAAUUGGAGCAAUGCUGGCAACAUACACAAAUGGACUUCUAGACCACCACCUCUAAAAAGUUCAUCCACCACCAAACAGUUGAUUGCAACUUGUGAUGACAUUAGGAAUCUCAAAAGCUCCAUUUUAAACCCAUGCCAAGAACUCUCAGCCAAGCCCACUAGUUCCCAAACAACUCAAUCGUUGGUUAAAAUGGUCUCAACAAGAUGUCUGCCACCAAGGUCUCCAAUACCACUUUCGCCUAUACCUCUGUCUUUUCCCGAAAAUCAGAGAGAAGACAAUAAGGCACCAAGGACCAAAAAGAAACCUUAUCAGAAAAACAUAGAAUUGAACAAACCAUUCUAUAUUCAGAAGUUAAACUGUUUAUCGCCUUCCUUUGUAGGUAAGGACAAGUGUUCACCCAUUGAUCAAAAGUAACUUUUCUCUCCUAUAUCUCAAUAUGAGCAAAUCUAUUGCCAAGAAACUUGGCUAAAAUAUGGUUCAUCAUGCCGAGAUACAGGUAUUACACACGUGAAGAACUUGCUGUGCUGUGGAGUGGAACUUGUGAAAAGCUGAGGUGUCUAUAUAUAAAUCCAAGAGCUUCCAUCCUGACAUAUUUGACAAUCUUUUGCAUGUCAUGUUUCAAAGGAAUGUUUGCCUUAGUAAACUAUUCAAAAGAUUAUUCUUUUGUUGUGUUUCCCAGUAGAAUUCCAUCAUCAGUAAAUGCUGUAAUCGACUGGUUGCUGGUGUAUUUCAUUUUCUAUUAUAGCUUUAAGAGUAAAUUACCUCUUAGCGAAUUUAUUUUUUUAGUUCUUCCCACUCUGAUACCUUUUUUUCCUCUCCUUUACUAUCUCUAAAA